UAGGAAUCGAAAUGUAUAUUAAAAAAAAUAGAAAAAGGAAAAGGAAAGAGAAUUUAUAUAGAGCAGAGUAGCGGGGGAUUCUGGUUUAUUGUGUACCAUCGAGUGAGUGGCGAUCGGAAUCGGAUCCAGCUUUGUUUCAUUCAAGUUUAAGGAAGGAAAGCAAGAUGUGGGGUGUUAUAAGGCACAAGACUAUUCGCCCUGCCUUAACAGCAUUCAGACCUUUCUCUUCUGCCGCUAAAGAGAUGUCUGUCAGAGAUGCUUUGAACUCUGCACUUGAUGAAGAAAUGUCAGCUGAUCCUAAAGUCUUCUUGAUGGGUGAAGAGGUUGGGGAAUAUCAGGGUGCUUACAAGAUAUCCAAAGGGCUGCUCGAGAAGUAUGGCCCCGAGAGGGUUCUCGAUACUCCGAUCACUGAGGCGGGGUUUGCUGGGAUUGGAGUUGGCGCUGCUUACUAUGGUCUAAGGCCUGUUGUGGAAUUUAUGACAUUUAACUUCUCCAUGCAGGCAAUAGAUCACAUUAUUAAUUCUGCUGCAAAAUCAAACUACAUGUCUGCUGGGCAAAUAUCUGUACCUAUUGUCUUUAGAGGACCCAAUGGUGCUGCUGCUGGGGUUGGUGCUCAGCACUCUCAUUGUUAUGCUUCUUGGUAUGGCUCGUGCCCUGGGUUGAAGGUUUUGUCACCAUAUUCAUCUGAAGAUGCUCGUGGUUUGCUUAAAGCUGCUAUAAGGGACCCUGAUCCUGUUGUUUUCCUUGAAAAUGAGUUGUUAUACGGUGAGUCAUUCCCUGUUUCGGCUGAAGUUCUUGAUUCCAGUUUUUGCCUUCCCAUAGGAAAAGCAAAGAUUGAGAGAGAAGGAAAAGAUGUGACUAUUACAGCCUUUUCAAAAAUGGUUGGCUAUGCUCUCAAGGCUGCUGAGGCACUGGCAAAGGAAGGAAUCAGUGCUGAGGUUAUAAAUUUGCGUUCAAUCCGGCCACUUGAUCGAUCCACUAUCAAUGCUUCUGUCAGAAAAACCAACAGAUUGGUGACAGUUGAAGAAGGGUUUCCUCAGCAUGGUGUUGGCGCCGAGAUCUGCACAUCUGUCAUAGAGGAGAGUUUUGGUUAUCUUGAUGCACCAGUUGAGAGAAUUGCUGGGGCUGAUGUUCCCAUGCCUUAUGCAGCAAAUCUGGAAAGAAUGGCUGUACCACAGGUUGAAGAUAUUGUUCGUGCUGCAAAGAGAGCAUGCUACAGAUCUGUGCCUUUGGCUGCAGCUGCUUGAUUUUAUCUAGUCCUAAAGUUUUUCAUAUCCUGGUUACUUCUUUGGUAAUCCUUGAUUUUACCAAAAACAAUCUUUCGCCAAAUUUCCACCAUAAAGCAGCAGAAAGAAAUUGCAACCAGAGAAUGCUGGUUUUACCCGUGGAUUAUGUUAGGAUAUGGUUUAAAAGAUUCUGAUGUAUGCAUAAUACUGUCCAAAUUUUCAGGAGUAACAGAUGCUAUACAUUUUUUCCCCUUCUCUGCAUAUCUGGGAGGAAGUUCAUGCUUAAUAACUUGGCUAACAAUGACACAAGGCGGGAAGUUUUGUGCAUUUUUUUGAAUUGUGAUUGGCAAUAACCAAGUAGUCAUCUUUUUCAUUACAUUAUCGAGUUUUU